AGUUGGAGUCAUAUACUCCUCUCCAUUUCAGCUUAUGCUCUGCUCUUCAUCUUCCCCUCGGUUCUCUCCAUUUCUUUGUUUUAAAAAACCCAACAAGAGAUUGAAGUCAAAAUUAGCAAACCUCUUCUCUAGGCUCUUGAAUUUCACUUCCAUAAAGGGUGAAAGUGAGAGAUUGAAGUCUAGUUUCAUCACUUCCCCAAGGGAUGAUGAAACUAAUCAAGAAAAUCAAUCCGAGAAGACUUAAGUGGAUUCCCCAUAUCCUUAAUGCAUUAAUCCUUGGUGUGGGCUCUCUCUCUCUCUGUCUCUUGGGUAGGACUAUCUUUUGGAGCUUUGUUAUCAACAUUUGUAUUUUAGUUUUAUAAUUACAUGGGUUAAUAUGAUAUAUGAUUAAGAAGUUCUGUUGUUAUUUAUCUUGAUUUCCUUUCCCCUCUCAACAAUUCAUCUUAAAAAAUAGAAUACAAGGCUGAUAAAUUUAGAAUCUGCAUUUCAAGGACUUCUAUACCUUUAAACAGAAGUAACAUGUCAAUAAUUGGGUGCUGAGACGUGGCAGGUUUUUUUGUCCUUUUUUCUUCUUUUUUGGUAGAAAAAUGGAACCAUGCGUAAAGAAUAGAUACUUCAAUCCUUCCAACAAGAAAGAGAACAAGUCCUUCAAUCCUGUAAAACAAGAGAGGAGUGAAUCAGCAAAGAGGACUGAAGGUAGUCAAAAGUCUAGCUACUCUAAACUUGCUAACAAGAAAGGAACAACACAGCAAACAUGUUAAGACCAAAAGCGCAGUAUAUAUCAUAAAAUUUAAUCAAAGACAAUGUAAAAAAAAAAGAAAAAAGAAAAAAGAUGGGUUCAAACAUAAUCUUUAGAAAAUUCAACUAGUCACCAGACUCACCACUCAAUUUCAGUGCAGAAUGCAAGCCAAGGUUUCAGGACUACGAAUAAUUUCAUAUCAAAGAAAAGGGAUUUAACUUGUUAUAAAAUAUGAGAACUUAG